UUCAUGAAAUCUCAAAUUCCACCAAGAAAAAACAAAACAAAAUCAAUUACACAUACAAUUCUAGCAUCUUAAUUAUUGAAGUAUUAGUUAUGGAUAGAGUGAAGGAUUUGGCAUCAAAGAAAGCUGCAGUUAUAUUCACAAAGAGUUCAUGCUACAUGUGUCACAGCAUAACACAACUUUUUUAUGAGCUUGGAGCAAGCCCUGCAGUGCAUGAGCUUGACAAUGAUGUCUAUGGUAGGGAAAUGGAAAGGGCUUUGAGGAGUCUUGGAUGUAACCCUUCAGUUCCAGCUGUCUUCAUUGGAGGAAAAUUUGUAGGCUCAUCAAAGGAUGUUAUAUCUCUUCAUGUUGAUGGAUCUCUCAAACAAAUGCUUAUGGCUGCUAGAGCCAUUUGGUUCUAGCAAUAAUUAACUAGUAACACUCCAAAGUUGAAGGAGCUUUUAUAUGCUACUUUGGAGAUAAUUAAUGUUAUGUUAAGGGCACCCCUUCUUUUUGUUGAGUGUCCUCUUGUUUUUGUUUUGUUUGUAAACGAAGUGACCAACACUAUCUAAAACUCUUAUACACAACUGCGAGGUUCUGAAUUUGAACCCGAGUGAAGAUGUACAACUUAACACAUUUACCAUUUAAAGUAAAUUUAAUGGUCAAUGUUCUAUUUAAUUUUAAAAGUCAAGUGUAUUUAAAAAUAAUUUUGCUUUUUGUAAUUUUUAAAAAAUUCCAGUGUACUACACCUUACUAUUGAUAACAUGGGUGAAAAACAUUUCUCUUUUUGUUAAUGCAA